AUGGCCGAAGUAAGAGAUCCAUCUCGGAAGUCGUCACCCACUUCGAGUAGCCCGGUACCUAUCGCCGGGUCUGAAGAGUCGAAAGACGUAUCGAUACGCAAUACUAUGGAUGAGGAUGAGAAGAAAGCGGCUCCUCUAACAGGGCCUCCUAGUGUGGAGUAUCCGGGAGCUAUAAUGGGCAGUGUUCUCACCAUCGCCUUGCUGCUGGCCAUGUUUCUGGUCGCUUUGGACAUGAGCAUCAUCACCACCGCUAUUCCCACUAUCACGGCUCGCUUCCAUAGCGAAGGUCAGAUGGGAUGGUAUGGAUCCGCCUUCUUCCUUUGUUUGGCCAGCUUCCAGUCCUUUUGGGGGAAAGCAUACAAGUACUUCCCCAUCAAGAUUGCCUUUUUAACCGCCAUCGCUGUGUUUGAGCUGGGAAGCUUGGUUGCCGCCCUCUCGCCCAACAGCCCGGCCUUGAUCAUCGGCCGUGCCAUUCAAGGCGUCGGUGGCGCGGGUGUUACCGGUGGCUGCUACACAGUUCUAGCGUUCAUCACGCGUCCGAAAUACCUACACGCGGUUUUCGGUCUCACCAGUGGCGUCUUUAGCUUGUCUUCUGUGCUGGGCCCCAUCCUGAGUGGUGUAUUCACCCAGUACGCGACAUGGCGAUGGUGCUUCUGGGUUAACUUACCCAUUGGAGGUUUCGCAGUGAUCAUUUUGGUGUUGUUCUUGAAGAUGCCUCCUCAUUCUCGUGUUGCGCAUGCUAAAUUGAAGGAGCUCCCCUUCCUCUUCGAUAUCCCGGGCAUCACUCUCACGGUGUGUGCGUUGGUAUGUCUGGUCUUGGUACUGGAGAACGGCGGUGUCACCAAACCUUGGAACAGCAGUUACUGUAUUGGACUUCUCAUUGGAUUUAUCCUUAUCGUUAUUUUUCUCAUCGCCCUAGAAUGGAGGCAAGGUGAAGGGGCCAUGAUUGUUCCUCGGAUCAUCAAGCGCCGAACCGUUCUCGUCCUUGCGCUGUUCAACUUGACAGCACAGGGCUCUGGAUUCGCCCGUAUUUAUAACCUUCCCAUUUACUUCCAGGCAGCACAAGGCCAGUCACCAUCAGAGUCGGGGAUUCGAACACUACCUACAGUGCUGACAACCUCCAUAUUCAGUUUCGCUGGGUCCCUUGCUAUCGGCAAGGUGGGCUACUACCAGCCCUUCCUCAUGCUGGGUUCCAUGUUUGUGACGAUAGGAUCCGCUAUGAUAUACACCCUGGAGCCGAACUCUGGGGCAGGCAAAUACAUUGGUUAUCAGGUGCUGGCCUCGAUUGGGUCGGGGCUCAUCAUCCAGCUCAACGUCAUUGUGGCUCAGGCAAUCUCCAAGCGGGUGGACAUGUCUGUCACCGUGGGCACCGUUUUAUUCUUCCAAUUCAUUGGCGGUACUAUCGGUGUUUCAGCUUCCACGAAUAUAAUGAACAACGUCCUUAUUUCCUCGCUGCCGAUAGAUAGCCCGAUAUCUGCUUCUGAUGUGCUUACCGCUGGUUCAACCAAUCUGGCCAAGAUAUUCCCGGAUGUCGCGGAUCUCAACAUUGUUGUUAACGCUUACAUGAAAGGAUUAAAGGCCGCUUGGAUCUGGAGUAUUGCCCUAGCCGGUGUUUCCUUCUUGGUUUCCCUCGCCGCAGAGCGCAAGACUGACCGCCCUGGGGUUUCUCCGGACCGACACGAUCCACGCUCACCAUCCCACGCGUUUGACCUGAUCCUCGAUUUAUACGAGUAUUGUCUGUUUCUCGGGGCGAUGAGCUACCCACCACCUGGUCCCGGCCAAUACCCGCAUUAUCUACCGCCGCCGCAGUAUCAACACGGGCAAAUUCCCCCGCAGAUACUGUACAAUAAUGCCGGUCCUCCGCCCCCAUAUGAUGCCUAUGGCAAGCCAGCAAUCUAUCCUUCUGCUAUGACACCAUAUCAUUCAUACCCAUCGACAUAUACUCCACAGCCACAGCCGCAACAGCAGCAAACGCGUCCUCCGCCGCAAACUCCCCCGCAACAGCCGCUCCAUUUACCACCCCAAACUCUCCAACCACGGCCACAGCCAGGACCACAGCCAGGGCCACAACUAGGACCACAACUAGGACCACAGCCAGGGCCACAACUAGGACCACAGCCAGGACCACAGCUUCUCCCUCAAUUACAAUCCCCACCUCCGCCUCAGCCACCUCCUCCCCCGCCUCCGCCUCUGCCUCAAAUCCAACAAGAAGAGCUGCAGCAUCAAUUUGUCAAUCCAGCUCAACUGUUUGUACAACAACCUCUGCCUACUGCUCCGCGAUCCCGAUACACCCAACUUUCUCCUCAGUAUGGCGAACCACCUUUUGUCCCGAGUGGCAGUCCGUCCAAAAUACCACCCGCUGCUUUGCCAGCUCCGCCACCAGUCAUGCCUGUUCAUGUUGCUCCUGUCCCAUCUCCUAUCACUCCUAAACCAAACACCCAAAACAAGCAAGCACAGCCCAAUAUCCAUACACCGCAACCACGCCCUAUCUUUAAAGCCGAACCCACGCCUGCCAAGAUUUCUCCCAAAGUAGAGCCUCAAAAAAAGCCUUCUACGCUUAUUGCAACUACACCCCUUGCGACGCCGAAACGACCCCAGCCUGCUCCAUCGCCAGUGCCACAUGCCACUCCGAAAGUCAUGAUCCCAGCUCCUUCCCCUGUUGUUCAAGCAAAAAUUCAAACCCAGACUCCGAAGAAGCACCCUCAACCACAGCAUAUUGAAAAGAAGAGACAGCCGAGUCAGUCCAAUGUCGAAAAGCAUGGGAAGCCCACACCCUCCAAGUCUACGAAGCCUCCAGUCGACUAUCAGGUCCUGCUUUUGUCCCUGGCUGAUGAGUAUCUAAAUGCUGCUCAUGCUCGUGGAACAACGACCUCAUUGACUGCUAAUGAGAUGGACGUCGAGGAAUAUUACAAGCUAGUUGCUACUGGAUUGGGGUGUUUGGAGGCUGUCCUGAAGAACUGGCGAUUGCAACCUCGCAAAGAAGCUCUUGUUAGACUUCGCUAUGCGCGUACAUUGUUCGAGGAAACAGACAAUGAUAUCGAAGCGGAAACGGCAUUGAGUAAAGGGAUCGAUCUUUGUGAACGAAACCGUAUGCUUGACUUGAAAUACAGCAUGCAGCACCUCUUGGCACGAAUGCUCCACAAGAGUAACCCUAAAGCUUCAUUGAAAGCGGUCGAUGGAAUGAUUCAGGAUGUGGAAGCGUACCGUCAUGCCGCAUGGGAGUACGCAUUUCGUUUCCUUCGAGUAUCACUUUCGUUGUCAUCUCCAUCACACCAAGACUCUGUGCAAGCGUUACAGCAUCUUCACAAAAUCACAGCUAUGGCUAGUCGUAACGGGGACAAGGCUGUCUCGGCGAUGGCGGCUGUCAUUGAAUCACUUGCACACUUGCAACAAGCCACAAAUUCCGAUUCUAUCGAGCAGGCGCAGCGUGCUGUGGCCGCCGCGCGAAGCCAUCAGCUGAAUGACGAACUUCGCCACAUACCUCAACUUACAACCUUGAUUCAAAUGGUCGAUAUCUGCUGUAGUCUUCUAGAGUACGAUGUCAACCAGUCUGGGCAGAAGUUGAAGGUCAUGCAGGCUUUAAUGGACGAAACACUGAGCGACAGCAACUGGCGUCCCGAUGGGUCAUUUUCAGUCCCUCUCAACGGUAAAUCCGCCGGGCCGUCGUCCAUCGACACAGGUGACAUCUUGCAGGUUCAUAAUGGGACAUUGCUAUUAAGCUUCAACUGGCUUCCUCAGCACGAUCUUUAUGCGCUUUGCUAUUUCCUAAGCUCAAUCACACUCAGUGCCAAGAACUCAUAUGAUGGCAGGAAAGCAGAGAAAUAUCUUGAGGAAGGGCUUCGAAUGGUCCAAGGCAAUUUCAAGGCCCCCCAAGAAAUUUCAGAAUCCAUGGUCAAUGCCAACCGUCGAGUUCAGUGGCGUCAGUCCCUUUACUGCAACCUUCUCAUUCAACGAGUCUUCCUGGCCUGCGCUCGAACCGAUUGGGAUCUUGCCAGCCAAACUCUCAACGACCUUCGACAAGUCUUCGAAGAGCUUGGUUCCAACCUUCCAGACACCAUCGAAUGUCUGAUGGAAUAUGCCGCCGGCACCAUCGCACAGGCAACUGGCGAUCUCAAUACCGCGCUGAACAUAUUCCAAUCUCCAAUUCUAUCACUAGACCCCGCUACCAGCAAGACGGGACGCAAUGACCCCUGUCGUGACACGCGCAUCCUCGCCGGUCUCAACACAGUUCUCAUUCUCCGUGAUCCAAGUCACCCAUCGCAUUCCUUGCUCAGCGCCGUCCUAGCAACGCUGGAACCCUUCUGCCAAAGUAGUCCAAACAAGUACAUACAAGCUGCCUACUACCUAGUCUGCGCAACCGUUCACUCCGAGUCAACCAUCCAAACAAAACAGUACCUCCAGCAAGCUCUGCAGUCCGCCACCGCAAUUAGCAACAGCCAAAUCACCUGCAUGACCCUAACAUUCAUGAGCUGGAAGUAUUUCCGCGGCGUGGUCGGCGAGCAAGCCGAAAAAAGCGCUCGGGCCGGCCGUGCAAUGGCUAAACGAGCUAAUGACCGUAUGUGGGCGAGCGUCACUGACGACAUGCUGGCUGAGACUCUGGAGCGACAGGGCAAGGGCGAGGAAGCGCAGAGCGUCCGCGAGGAAGGCCAACGCUUGGUAUCGGGUCUUCCGCCCCGUCUGAGACGUUCGGCCUGA